AUGUAUUUACAAUUUCUCGAAGAGGAACUACCCCCUUUGCUGAAAGAGCGCGAAUUCGAUAACGAAACUGAAGCACUUUCGACCUCGGCGGAGAGUUAUAGACGUUCGGCCGGCAAAGUUUCGUACCGACGCCGGCGGCGGCGCCGCCUGAUAGAGUUGGAUCUGGAUUUUCUGGAGCGGCGACAAAACCAGCAACAGAAUGCUUCGACGGACUCACACGACGAUAGCCGAACGCCCAUCGAAAUCAGCCCCGAGUCGAUGGACCGUAUCAAGGUCAUUCUGUUGGGGGCGCCUGCUGUGGGAAAGACCAGCAUAAUACAGCAAUUUGUAUGGAACGAGUUUUACGACGAGUACAUCCCCACCGACAGGAAACAUACCUACUACCCAUCGGUGAUCACCAACGAGCGGCUGUAUGAGAUCAAAAUCACAGACCUGCCUGUCAUCCCCUAUUUUCCAGUUAACAGUUACUACGAGUGGGCCAACUAUAGAUUCUAUGGUCUGCGCAGCGCUACCGCGUACAUCCUGAUCUUCGACCUCAGCAACAUAGAUACGUUUCAGUACGUGAAGACACUGCGGGAGCAAAUCUGCGAGAGCAGGAACAUGCAAAACGUGCCGGUUCUGGUCGUUGGCAACAAGCAGGAUCUAAUCGUGCCCGAAGACGGCACGUCGAACGUGAAGCCAUCGGCCAUCGCAAGCACGGUCGAAGAAAAACGAAGAGACAUCGUGAAUCUAGUGAAGAAACACUGGAAAUCCGGGUACAUCGAGUGCAGCGCCAAAUACAACUGGAAAGUGGUCCAGGUGUUCAAGGAGUUGAUUAACAUGGUCGACAAUCUAUCCAGCAGGGACCAGAGUCCCAUGCUCGACAAUAUACAGGAAGCGCUGGACAGAAACAAGUGCAUAGUUAUUUAGGGGUUGCGCAACAUCAAGGCCAAGGUGCGGGGUUUUUUUGGGCGCGCGUGGCGCAGGUUGUGCGACAGCCUUGAGAAAAAAUUGUCCUCCCGUGGAAGGAAGAGGGGAAACAAACACCCCAUUCUACAUUAAAAGUUUCAGUUUUCUAGUUAUUACCGGAAACCUCAAAGAAAAUAAAAGAAAUUCCGGUCCCCGUUCUCUCUCCAUCCGCCACUGAACGAGUUUGAUAAAGGUGGAUUUAUACCGCAACGUAAGACGCAAGAAGGGAGAACAAAUUAUUCAAUUUUUUUUUGUUACGACAGAUUUUAUUUUAUGAUUAUUAUAUAUAUGCGAGCACCAAUCUUCCUGAAACGGACUUUAUCUAGUAUUUAGUACAGUGAUAUAACAUAACAGAUCGUUGCAGUUCUCCAUGGAACACCAUUUACAUUUUCGAUACGGUCACACCUUUAAAAAUAUUUAAUAAUUACUUUUUGCAAGUAUACGUAUUAAAUUGUUUUUGGCUCAGGUUUCUCGGCGCACGCCACUGAAUCAUCUCCACAAGUGAGUGAAAUUAGAUUUAAUAAGUUACCCAUAUUGAUCGUUUUCUACUUAACGAUGGGUAACGAUUUGAACUUAUCUUUAAGGUUAAUAUUAUCUUUACAAUGAAGCGUGGCCCCCUUGGCCCUCGCUCAAAAGUCCCGGGUGCUCAGGAUUUCCCCUCACUCGCGUAUUGUGUUUUCAUUCUUUUUAUUAAUUUGUUGAUAUAUUUGAUCGGAAACUUUUUUGAAUAUUUAUAAUUAUUAAGCAGGAUAACAUUUACGUACGUAAUUAUAAAUGAACAGAUUGGUUCGCUGUGUGUGCAUGUUAAGUACGUUUUAAGGCUGCAACAGAAGCGCCCUCUAGCGGCGAAUUAGUUUCGAGAAGCAAUAAGUCACGCCGACAACAAGAAAUUGUCCCAACAUUUGGAUACAAAAAAAGAUAUGGAAAAUAUACAGGUCAAAUGUUCUGGAGUAUUAAAUUUUGAAAUUCAAUGUAUCAUGAUCGAUAUUUUUUAUAAUUUAUUUGAGUUUGUGUUUUAUGUAUUAAAUAAAUGGAAUAAAAUAUGGCGUUUUCGCUUUACAGUGCGACUCGAAAAACAGUUGCAUCUAAUAAAUCACUACAAUAAAUGAGUUUUUAUUUGUGCUAGACCAACCACAAACCCCUCCUCUAUCUUACC